AAACAACACAAGAAAGAGAAAAGGAGAGUGGUCUGUGGCCACGCCCCUCGUGGGCGGAGCCUGUGUGUCUGGCGCCGCGCGGCCUCAGUGUCACAAAGUCCAGAGGAGACUCCGGCCGCUUCUGCCGCUGCUCCCGGUUCAGACUAACGACAGCUGGGGGGGCUUCAUGGAGGUGAAGCUGAUGGACGACAACAAAACAUUCAGAUGACAGCAGCUGGUCUCACUGGUCCGCAGUCUGAGGCCCCGCCCCCAGCCGCGCCCAUCUUCCAGCCAUGUUGCUGAGGAGGAAACUGUGUGUUGCUGUCCUGGUCGCCGCCGUCCUCCUUCUCAUGCUCGCAAGCCAGAGCAUCCACAGAAGGCACUUCUUGCCCAUGUUGAUGGCCCUGCCCAUCAGCCAGGCUCCGCCCAUCAACACAGACUCUGAGGUCAAACCCACAGAGCCCCCAGCCAUCAAGAACCUCUUCCCCCCCAUAAAGGCUCAGGUUGCACAGGAAGAGCGAAAGGAGGAAGAGGAGAACGCCACGAAAGACCAACCCGUCCACAACGUCCAGAACCAGCAAAGGCAGUGUGGUUGCUUGGCUUCCUGCGUUUCGGAGCUGGGGGGUUCAGACUGGUUCAGCAAACGCUACGACCCCCAGCAGGACCCCCUCCUCAGAGAACACAUCAGCAGCGUUGACCCUGCAGCUCUGCAGUGGUGGCUGGGUCUGCAGCGAUCUGGGGGGGACGUUACGUUAGAGGAAGUGAUGUCACAAAUGUUCAAAGUUAUUUCCCCCCCGAGUCUGGACACCAAGCCCCUCCCUUCACGCUGCCGCAGUUGUGCGGUCGUUGGCAACUCUGGGAACCUGCGUCAGGCUGGCCACGGCGAGCAGAUCGAUUCCCACAGCUUUGUGAUCCGGAUGAACAAGGCGCUGACUCGAGGAUUUGAGAAGGACGUGGGGAACCGGACCACUCAUCAUUUCAUGUACCCAGAGAGCGCCGUGGACGUGGACGGCGGCGUCAGCCUCGUCCUGCUGCCCUUCAAGCUCCGGGACCUGGAGUGGCUGACUAGCGCGCUGUCCACCGGACAUAUCAAAAUGACCUACAUGAGGGUGAAGGAGCGAGUCCAGGCCGACAAAGACAAGGUGCUGGUGGUGAACCCGGCCUUCUUCAAGUACGUUCACGAGCAGUGGACGGAGCACCACGGCCGAUACCCGUCCACCGGCAUGCUGGCCAUCAUCUUCGCUCUGCACGUCUGCGAUCAGGUUUCUGUGUUUGGGUACGGUGCUGACCAGCAGGGGAACUGGCACCACUACUGGGAGGAGAACCGGUACGCCGGCGCCUUCAGGAAGACGGGGGUCCAUAACGCUGACUUUGAAACCGAAGUCAUCCAACAGCUCGCCAAAGAGGGCAAGAUCACUCUGCUCCGCUAACACCACCACGACUCCACCACUGAGGCUCCCACGGCCCCGCCCCCACGAGGCCCCGCCCUCGCCAGGCUCAGCUGUGGGGUAGAAGCUGCAUUCUCGAUCCCUGUGGACACCAGCGUUGAAGCAGCAGCGCGUCUGCCGGGACUGACCACACGGAGCGCCGCUCUGAGGGGAACAACCACGCCUUUCGCCACUUUUUAGACCGCCAUGAUGAUUUUAUAGUAGUUUUUUACUCUUCCAGUCUUCUUGUAACUUUAAAUGUCAGUGAAUGUUUACACAAUAAACCUCCAGAUAAACUAGCUUUAUUCUGAAAGGUUCAGGAAACCACCAGAUUUGACCCAAUCAGAGCUCUCCAUGAGGGAAUAGUUGUACUGUCAGAACAAUGACAAGAAGCCAAAACAGAGCCCCGCCCCAGCUGAGGGGGAGGGGGGCCCUUAACUUCUAUCAGCAGGAUUGUCCGUCUGAACCAGAAGCUGAAACGUUCAGGAAAAGCCGGAAGUCCUGCAGCUUCCUGCUGAGGCGCAGUAACAUUCAGACUCGUUUCCCCUCAUUAAAAAUGAUGGGAAUGUUGGAAUGAUUCAAGCAGAAAAAAACAUCCGACACGUCGGCCAUCCUGCAGACCGGGGGUCAGACUCCAGGCCUCGAGGGCCGCUGUCUCGCAUGUUCUCAUAGGGCUUGGAUGUCUGGAGAUCAUGCGGACACAGCGGGCCUGGAGUCCAGGAGUUUCCCAUCCCUGCUCUAGACAAACCGCUUUGAAAUAAAAACUGAUUUUUCUUCUGGA